GGGAGAGGAGUAGAUUAUAUAACACUACUCCUUUGUGGCAUAUUGAGCUCGUCUGCUUUAAAUAUUUCCCCCUCUAUCUCUCUCUCUCCUCCGGAUGAGUGGUAGCAGCAGCAGGGCUCUGAGUCGGACGCCUCUUCCAUCGACCCGGAGGUGCUGCACCCCUCCUCCCUCUCCUCCGGCUCUCUUCCUGUUCGCUCCUCCCUCUCUCUCGCCCUCCCUGUUUCCUUCACUUUCUAACCCCCUUGCUUCUUCUUCUCCUCCUCCUCCUCUCCUCUCAGCUGUGGAUGCCCUCCUCACUUACAGUAUGGACUCGGGAGGGGAAGGAGAAGAGGGUUGGAUGGAGGACCAGUGGGAGAAAUGGUUGACCCAUGACAUCAGCCUGGAUGAGUUUGAAGAUGACGACCUGUCGGAGAUUACAGAAAUCACAGACGAGUGCGGGAUGAGCCUCAACUGCAAUGGCCCGGAUAUCAAUGGCCGUGUGAGGCGAGGAACCAAUAGCAUGUCGGGUAGGGCAGAGCUGGGUGCUGUCGGCCAGCUCCAGGCAGAGAUGCUGCACUUGGAACUCAUCGACGGUGCUGACGGUUACCGUGGUGACAUAGAGUCCUCGAAGGCGUCCGCCAUCGCACCCCCGCCACUCACCACGGACCCUGCAGCACCUCUUACCAUGGAUACCUACCGGCCCAAGAGACCCACGACCCUUAACAUCUUCCCAAUUGUGCCGCGCACACAGGACACAUUAAACAACAACUCCUUUGGGAAGAAAUACAGUUGGCAGGAGAAGGUUUCAGGCUCGUCCUCGCCUCUUAAAACAGGUGAGCGCACCCCUCCACGUGAGCACAGCUGUCUGAGCGACGAGGACAAGGUGCAGGGCGGGGGAACACAGACCAAAGACCGCGGGACUUCCACUGACGCCCCCUGCAGACACAGCCACACCUCUGGACACACGAAAGGCUCAUCUACAACGGCUGCGACUCGCUCCAAGCUUCAGGAGAAGCCGCCCGCGCCACCCCCACCACAGAACUAUACACCAGUUCCUCUAUACCCAGCAGGCAAGGCAGAUGCAGGUGGGUACCAACGGGAGAGGAUCUGCUACAACACAGACGUUCAUCUAGAGCCCACAGAGGAGAUCUAUCUAACUCCUGUGCAGCGCUCCGCCGACCCACUAGACCCCCCCAACGCGCAGGACCGGCCUUUCCUUUCGCAGCAGACUGAGCAGGGCCGCAUGUCCAUCAGCUCGGACACAGAGGGCCCGCCUCCUUACCAGCCCCUCCCAGACCGGACAAACACCUCGAUUUAUGAGGAGGACGAGGUCUAUGUCCCCCCACCUUCAUAUGCUUCUUGUGUAGAGGCCCUCAUCACGCCGCCCAGCAUUGCGCCAUCAUCACGCUCCUCCCUCACGCUGGACCUCAGCCUGAAGGGGGCAAGAACGGGGGCCGGGGUCAUGCUGAGACCCGGAUCGUCGGUGGAGUACGUGGAUGCCACAGAUGAAAGCUACUGCGGGGAGGAUGAGGAUGUUGACAGAGUAAUAAUGGACGGACGGAUGAGGAACGGGGGAGGAAAGGGGGACAGAGGUGGCAGCAGAGUCCCACUAAGGACUUCCAUGAACUCGGAGGCCAGCGGCCUUUCGUAUGACUCUGUCAAAUACACAUUGGUGGUGGAUGAGCACGCUCAGCUAGAACUGGUCAGUCUCCGGCAGUGUUACCAAGGCUACAGUGACGACAGCGACUCGGCCACCGUCUACGACAACUGCGUCUCUUCUCCCUACGAGUCAGCUAUCGGGGAAGAGUACGAGGAGGAAGAUGAGGAUGAUGAGGACGGCAUUCAGAUAGGAGGGGUGAGGAGAGAGGCAACAGCUUGUCUGUCGGAAGACUCCACUCCAGAGGUCGACCUGCACUUCUCCAAGAAGUUCCUCAACGUCUUCAUGAACGGACGCUCUCGCUCCUCCAGUGCAGAAUCCUUUGGCUUAUACACUUGUCUCAUAAAUGGAGAGGAGAGGGAUCAGAGCCACAGAGCUGUAUACAGGUUUGUCCCUCGUCAUGACGAUGAGUUGGAGCUGGAGGUGGAUGAUCCGUUGCUGGUGGAGGUCCAGUCAGAGGAUUACUGGUACGAGGGCUACAAUAUGCGAACUGGUGCCCGCGGGAUCUUCCCAGCUUAUUACGCUAUAGAGAUGACCAAGGACGCUGAGAGCUACAAAGUAAAGAGCAGUGAAUGGAUGGACAGAUACCGGCUUAAGUUCCUGGGCUCAGUUCAAGUGCCCUUCCACAAAGGAAAUGAUGUUCUGUGUGCAGCUAUGCAGAAGAUUGCCACCAACAGAAGGAUGACAGUCAAGUACAACCCGCCUUCCUCCUGCAACCUGGAGAUCAGUGUGAAAGGCAUCAAGCUUGCAGUUCAAGAGGAUUAUUAUGCCUGUGACAGAAGUAACGAGUGCAGUCAUUUCUUCCAGUUAAAGAACGUCUCCUUCUGCGGGUAUCACCCCAAAAAUAGCAAGUAUUUUGGUUUCAUUACUAAGCACCCGGCAGACCAGAGAUUUGCGUGCCAUGUUUUUGUGUCUGAAGACUCCACCAAACCUCUUGCAGAGUCAAUAGGGAAAGCCUUCCAGUUGUACUAUAAAGAGUUUGUGGAUUUCUCGUGCCCGACAGAAGACAUCUACCUGGAAUAGCCCUGCCUUCAACCACAGCCCUGUACAGUACACUGUAUCAUAACAUAAUGUUGCAUGAAGGACAGAAAUAUCCUAAAAUAAAGAAAAAAGAACAAUUCAAAAAAUUAACACAUCUGACAAACAGGACAGAAAGCAUCACGUGUUGGACCUGUGGUGAAACCUUUGUGCUGCAAAGAAGAGAUGGUAAUGAGCCAAAGGAGGAGUGUCUUCAGAAAAUAAAGUAUGCAAAAUGGUGUCAGUGAUGAGGUGGUGGAAUAGAAAGCACAAACAUUAUAUCACCGCGGGCUUGGAAGCAAGAGUUAGCCUGCAGUGUGUUCUAAGCAGGUGCAACACUGAAAGCCCAGCAGCCUAAAGGAAUGCACCAGCUUGUAUUUGCACUUGACAAAAAAGAAAAGAGUUGAGAAACACAUGAUGAGUUUGCUUUGACUUUAAAUACCUAGUGUCUGAGCAUGAAUGAGGUGUACAUUUCUUAAAUAACAUCCGCACACAAAUGUACACUUAAGUAAAACAUGUUUAUGUAGGAACAGUGAGCUUUUUCGUUCUCGAACAUUCAUGAUAUGAAGGUGAUAUCCACAUUGUGCAGUGGCAACAAAAAACUCACCCUAAACACUGUCAAGUGUGGAUUUUUCCUUUCAAACUUUUCAGCAGCUUCUAUGGUACUGUAGUGCUAAGCUAAACUGACUCCACAAUUUGCCCAUUAAAGCUGUAGUCCUUAAUUCCUAGCCUCACUGCACUUCUUUACUGUGUUUUAACUAGGUAUAAAAUCAGUGAUGGUGAUAUUUAAUACCAGGAAAAAACAAAACAUCUGGCUCUUUGGUCAUUCAAGACGAGUUCUGACAUGCAUAAUUCUUCUUCGUGUGGUGUUUUAGAAACCUGCUUCUCAUAGUUUAAACAUCAGAAAUAUGAAAUGCUCGCAGUGUGGCAGUGAUAAGAUAAUAAGGCUGAUCCUCGGUAAAGUAGGUACGGGUGCUGACAAGGGAGCAAAAGCAAAACUCUGGUGUCUUCAUAUCUUUACUAGUAGUGCCUCUUUUUCAUCAGAUCAUUCUGACCUUCCUCAGUGAACAUUAUCACAUUUUAAGGGAUUGCCAUUGAGUGUGUGUUGAGUUUAAGAGUUUGAAUGCAAAUUGUGAUAGAGUAUGUUUGAUGUGACUUGGCACGUUUUUCCAUUGCACUAAAUGUGCUGUGCUGUACCUGUGCUGUCAUAGGUCAUAUUUCAGAACAGUGAAAUUGUGUCAAUACAGAGCCUUUAUUUCCACAACUGAUGUAUGUCUAUACAUCCUGGAUAUGCAUAGGAGAGUGCACAACAAAUUAGGCAUCUUUAAUAUGUUAUAGAUCAUAAUUUCUCAAGUUAUAGCCCGUAGACAAUGUCAGCCCUCAGAAACAUUUUGCACGGCCCCUGAACGUGACAUCAAAUGCAUGCAUUGUAUUUUAAUCAUCAGUGAUCCAUUUCUAUACUUUCACUUUUCAAUAGUCUACAUUUAAUACAUUACUUGCCAAGUGCGUCAAACUGCACCCCCUUAACGAAUAUCUGUCAGGUUAAGAAUGACAACUUGAAGAAAGCUAUUGGUUGCAUGGCAACUAGUGGUAACUUUUGAAUGUUGUUGGAAAUACGUUCUGUCAUCAACGCUAGUGCUGUUAAAAUAAGUUAGCAAUUUUGUGGAUGUUGUUAUGAUUAUCAAAUGAAAGAUGAUCAAUGAUUAAUUUAAAGUGCUCUUACUGACUCUAUAAAAAGCGUCACAAUGGAGGUUAGACUGAAAAGAUUCAAACCUGGAGUUGAGAUAAUACAUAUUUACUCUGAACUUUGGAAUCUGCACUAUUACAUCGAACUUGAUGUGACCACCAGUCACAACAGGUUCAGCACCAAGUGAACCAAAACUGUCGAUAUUCAUAUUAAAACGUUAUUGUCAUUAGGAUGUGUUCUGAACGAGGGCCCAAAUGAAAACCAAAGGAUUGCCACUUUAACUUUUUUAUUUUAUCAAUGUGGGUCCAGCACGGGUACAGCACAGUUGUUCUGCAGUGAAAAACAAACAGAAAGUGUGCUUCCAACAUCAUUUAUCACUAACAAGAUUACUAACAAGACAACAGAUUAUUGUAUGUGAUCUAUAUUUAACAUAAUAUACAAUGUCUGUAAAAGAAACAUUUAUUAAUGAAGAAUGUGGAAAUGUUUAAUUCAGCCAUCUCACCAGUCCCCACAGUUUGUUCCUUUACAAAAUGAAAAAUCUGAACAAAAUAAAUGAAUUGUCUGCUGUUGCUGAUCAAAGCCAUCGUGUUAGCAUCAAGAGAUCAACUCUGACUUUUAGAUAAGUUCCCUUCUCAAGAGCCAAUCAGACGGAUAGAAGAGGAAAUGUACUGUAGUGUGGGCUAUACAAAGGGUGUAUAGAUAUGCCAUUUAUAAAUAAAUAAUUUAAUAUCUGUAAUUAUAAAUAUUACAUUGUAUUGAUUCAACAUGUAGUAUGUGAAAUUUAUCUUUAUUUUGAUUUUUUUUAGGUGUGAAUUAUUCUUUAUUUAAACUUUUUAAUGCAGAA